AUACGUAACGUCGUAACCGACGUAACCGACAAGUGACAACAUCAAAAACUGUAGGGAAGACAAAAGUGAUAGGAAAAAUAAAAGGAAAAUACGAACUGUGACAAAAUCUCUGCACGCACUUUGAAGAAUGUCAAGCAAACGUGUUGUAAUAACAGGAGCAUCUGGUCUUCUUGGGAGAGCUGUAUUAGCAGCCUUCAAAAAUUCUCAAUGGACUGUCUUGGGAACAUCAUUCAGUCGAACUGGGGAAGACUUGGUAUCAAUUGACAUUUGUAACCAUGCAAAAACUGAAGAACUGAUAAGGAAUUUCAUGCCAAACUGUAUUGUACAUUGUGCAGCACAAAGGUUUCCAGACAAAGUUGAUAAAGAUUUAGAUGGAACCAUCCGUUUGAAUGUAGAAGCAACAAAGAACUUAGCUGUUUUAGCAGCCAAAUUAGGAGCCACUAUGAUUUAUAUUAGUACUGAUUAUGUGUUUGAUGGAAAUAAGCCACCAUACUCUGAAACUGAUACCCCAAACCCACUAAAUACAUAUGGCAAAACCAAAUUGCAAGGUGAACAAGUGACCCUGGAAUCAAGCCAAGAUCACAUUGUAUUGCGAGUUCCCGUACUGUAUGGACCAGUCGAGUACAUAGGAGAAAGUGCCGUGACUGUACUUCUACAGCUGUUGUUUGAUUCCGAGAGCAAUAAGCUUGUUUCAGAUAGCGAAAUCCGCUACCCAUCACAUGUGGACGAUAUUGCCUCCAUUUGCGUCAAACUUUUGGAGCUAAAACAAACAAAUGCAGACGUAAAAGGAAUUUUCCACUGGGGAGGAAAGGAAAGUAUGACUAAAUACGGUAUGGUGCAAGACAUUGCAAGUGUUUUCCAGUUGCCAAUGAGCCAUAUUAGUCCCGAUCCCAAUCAAAGUCAAGGAGCAUCGAGACCUCACAACGCUCAACUUUCUACUGAAAAACUGGAAAAAUUGGGUGUUGGAAAGCAUACGCCAUUCCGCAGUGGAAUACAAUCGACACUCGCGGUAUGGGUCCAACGUAAAAUAUCUGGAGAAAUCUGAAAUGUCUUAGGUAAUAUUUGAUUUAUUAUCUAUCCUGGCAAGUGUGUGUCGUAUAUUAAAUCAAGUUACUCCAUUUGCUGUGAAAUUUAUAUAAAGGGGUGUCUAUUUGUGGGUGUACAAUAUGUUUUGAUUGAAACUAUUAUUCGUUUCACAUUUUGUACAGUUAGAAAAGAAAUGCAAGAAUGAAACACG